UAAAGAAAUGGAAGUGGCCGGAAUUGCAGGGGAAUCCGUCCAGUUACAGCCAGUGAAAUUGCCGGAGCCUUGGACAGAAAUGACCUGGGAGGUUACACUAGACUCAGCAGAGACGUAUUGGAUUGUAACAUUUAAUGAAGGGGAACCCCCUGACCUUGGGUCAUCCCCACAUUUUAUCAACAGAGUCACUUUCCACCCUGAGAAUCUCUCACUGCAGAUUGAUCCCGUUAAGAAGUCAGACAGUGGCCUCUAUACCUUGAUAAUUGACACUGGAGGAGGCCGUGAAAACCGCACAAAGUUCCGUGUCUCUGUGUUUGACCGAGUCCGGCAGCCAAACAUCAUGGUGCUCCCUGCCCACGCGGAGCUCGGCCAGUGCAACGUUACCCUGUCCUGCUCGGUGCCUGGCGCUGACAGAGUCACCUACGGCUGGUCCCGAGGCACGUCCCAGAUACCGUCUGACCGGGACCAUCAGCUCCCUGGGCACCAAUCCCUGCUGCACGUAGUGAUUAAUGCAAACAGCAGUGACGUCUUCUACCGAUGUAACGCUAGUAACCGAGCCAGCUGGGCUGCAGCCACUGUAGAUGGCAAAUCAUUGUGCGACUCCCCAGCCACAG